CAACGCGUCGACCCUACAUCAGCCUGAAUAUAGUUGUAGUGUAAAAUUCUGCGGAGAAAGCGAGGAGAAACGCAAGGGAUCAUGUCGGGUGCCCCGGAAGUUGUCAUGUUAUCGGAUACAGGACAGUGGUGGAUUUGGAAGGAGGAUGGAAAAGUUGCGUUGGUGAAUGACGGAGACGGUUCAUGGGAACCAUCGAGGAUGUUUGGAAGCAAAGACGUUUGGCUAAGAAGGCUCCUCCGGGACCGAAGCAACAACACUUGCACCGGAAGAGGCAGACAGUGGCGUGGCCAUGGUCAAGCGGCAUUUUGUCGGGAAGUUCGAGAUACCGGUGGACGGAACGGUCUCCCCGCAUUGGAGACGGCUUUGCCGUCACCCCGACCUACACCACGUCAGGGAUCUAAAGGCCAAGUUCAAGGCGACACGUGA